AUGAAUUUUGCAGCUUCUUUGUGUAAAAGAUUAACUGUUAGCAACCUGGUUACAAAAAUUCCUGUCUACAGUUCUGCAAGAGAUGUAACUGGAGAUGGAUUAAGCAUGAUAUUCAGACGUUGGGCCACCAAAAAAACAGCAGGGUCAACAAAAAACGGACGUGACUCAAAACCCAAGAUGCUUGGUGUCAAGAAGUUUGGUGGCGAGAGAGUGGUACCUGGGAAUAUCAUUGUGAGACAAAGAGGGACUCGUUUCCACCCAGGAGAUUAUGUAGGAAUGGGAAAAGAUCAUACACUUUAUGCUUUGAAAGAAGGGUGCACCAGAGUCAAACACCACAUCUUAGAAGCAUCUCUACUAGCAAGAGUUGGAAACUUGAUACAUUGCCUUGUAGAACUGACCAAGAAUCCUGUUCUCUUUUGAGACGAAAUGUGUACACUUUAUUGUUGAAGAUGAAUAUCAAACAACUCAUGUGUGGCGUAUAUUAGACGGUUUACAUUUUGUUCAUUUGAAUAUGUAGAAAAUAAAGUGUUAGAUAUGCUAAAUUUGUUUUGUAAUCAUGUUCUCUUUUUACAAAAUUUUAUUGUUUAAGAUGAAUAUUAAAAAAACUCAUGAAACCUUCCAAAAAACCUAUAAGAACCGUU